AAACGCAGAGGCAAAUAGACUAGCACAUUACCUGAUCGCACAAGGUGUUAAACCAGAUGAUCGCAUCGCACUCUGCACCAAGCGCAACACAACAAUGAUCGUUGCAAUGCUCGGCAUUCUCAAAGCAGGCGGUGCAUAUGUACCACUCGAUCCGGCCUAUCAAAGUCAACGAUUGAUCCAUAUUCUACAGGAUGCUGAUCCGAAAUUUUUGUUGACAGAUGCUACUGGCCGGAAAGUAAUCGAAAACCAUAAAGUUCCAAUGGUUGAGUUGGAUAAACCAUUGCCUGUUGAUUUGCCAAUCGAUAAUCCGGACGCAACCAAGCUUGGAGUCACUCCAAACAAUUUGGCCUAUAUUAUUUACACGUCUGGCUCAACAGGAACACCUAAAGGAGUUAUGGUUGAACAUCGCGAUGCAACACAUUUAUUCAAAUCUGUAUACGACAAAUUUGAUUUUAACAACGAAGACAAGUGGUGUUUGUUCCAUUCAAUUUCUUUCGAUGUUUCCGUUUGGGAAAUAUGGGGUGCACUGUCGAAUGGAAGUCAAUUGUCAAUUGUUCCAUACGAAAUCAGUCGUUCGAUGGACGAUUUCUACGAUUGGAUUUGUUCCACCGGCAUUACUGUGCUAACUCAAACUCCCUCUGUAUUUAAAAUGCUUAUGCGAGCUGAAACGAUUAGCUCACGGUCCGAUCGAUUACGAUAUGUGAUCUUUGGUGGUGAAGCGUUAGAUCCAUUCAUCAUAAGGGAUUGGCAUGAAAAAUGCAUUAAAAAUCGAACAGUAUUGGUCAAUAUGUAUGGCCCUACGGAAACAGUAAUGAUUGCAACAAGUUGGAUCUGUGAUGUUACACUUUCCGAUAACUUGCCGACUCCAAUCGGACGUCCGUUACCAAACAAAAAGAUUUAUUUGCUGGAUGCACAUGGUGAGCUUGUGCCAUUAGGAGCCGAGGGAGAAUUGUACAUUGGAGGUGCUGGUGUGGCACGUGGCUAUCUAAAUCGAUCGGAACUAACCGCGGAACGUUUUCUACCCGACCCAUUCAGCGAUAAUACAGAAGCACGCAUGUACCGUACUGGUGAUCGAGCACGAUAUCUGCCUGACGGAAAUUUGAUAUAUUUGGGACGUAUUGAUCAGCAAGUGAAAAUUCGUGGUUUCCGAAUUGAGCUCGGUGAAAUUGAAGCCCACCUAGUCGAACAUCCUCAAGUACACGAGGCUGUAGUUCAACCGUAUGGCAAUGGAUCAGAUGCUCGUCUUAUAGCUUAUGUGGUGGCCGAUGCGAAUACAUCGUUAGCCCAAGAUUUGCGUACAUAUCUAUCAACUUUACUGCCUGAUUAUAUGGUACCAGCAGCUUAUAUGUAUCUACCAUCCUUGCCUCACACACCAAAUGGCAAGCUAGAUCGAUGCGCAUUGCCGGCUCCGGAUGAUGAAGCGUUUGUUCGUGAGAAGUAUGAAGCUCCACAGGGUGAAAUGGAAGAAAAACUGGUCGACAUUUGGAGUGAACUGCUCAGCAUUGAUCGUAUCAGUCGACAUGAUAAUUUCUUUGCGCUGGGAGGACAUUCUUUAUUGGUCGUACGGCUGUUAGCACAAUUGAGAAAUAUUGGACUAGAUACCACCGUACGUGAAUUGUUUGAUGCACGCACACUGGCCAUUAUGGCUGCAAAACUUGCCCAUUACCAAGCCGUGACCAUUCCUCCCAAUCUAAUUACCACAGACAGCACUGCCAUUACUCCAGAAAUGUUGCCACUUAUCACACUUUCCCAAGCAGAUAUUGAUGCAAUAAUUGCACAGAUACCUGGCGGAGUAGCCAAUAUCCAAGAUAUUUAUGAAUUGGCGCCAUUACAGAACGGUAUGUUGUUUCAUCAUAUAAAAGCCGAACGCGGUGAUCCGUACCUACUAGUAAGCGCUAUGCGGUUUAGAGACCGGAUGGUACUUGAUCAUUACGCGGCCGCCUUGCAACAGGUAAUUGAGAGGCACGAUAUCCUUCGCACAAUAUUCAUCUGGGAAGGUCUCAGUGUACCAGCACAGGUAGUUCUGCGCCAAGUUCCCUCUCUACUCAGUGAAGUUACAUUGGAUAAUACCAGCAGCACAACACUAGAGCAGUUGAGCCAACAAUUCAAUCCACGUCACUAUCGGUUGGACCUAACACAUGCACCACUAUUGCGAUUGAUGGCUGCUCCAAUAUCUGAUGGUAGCUGGGUUGCACUGCAAUUGUUGCACCAUGUAAUUGGAGACCAUACCACACUGGAGAAACUGGAUGCAGAAGUUAAUGCCAUCAUCAACGGUAAGAUUGAAAAUUUGACAAAGCCUACACCAUUCCGUCAUUUAGUGGCGCACGCUCGGCUGGGAAUUAGUUCAAAUGAACAUAGCCGAUUCUUCAGUAAAAUGCUUGGUGAUCUUGAAGAGCCAACCUUGCCAUUUGGUUUAAGUGAUGUUUCUCUGGACGGGAAUGAUAUAGUUGAAUUUCAAUUGGAGUUGCCAAAAACACUGAAUGAUCAGCUACGUAUGAUCGCACGGAAGCUACAGGUCAGCUUAGCUAGCAUGUGUCAUUUGGCUUGGGCACAAGUUCUUGCUCGAGCCAGUGGACGUGAGGCGGUUGUCUUCGGUACUGUACUACUUGGUCGUUUACAGGCUGGAGAAGAGAACAAUAACAUCAUGGGACCGAUGAUUAACACGCUCCCAAUACGGAUAGAUAUUGAUGAUACCAGCGUCGAGACCGCAGUGCGUCAUACUCAUGCUCGACUGAGUGCAUUGUUGGCACACGAACAUACACCACUUGUGUUGGCCCAACGCUGCAGUGGAGUUCCAGCUGGCUCGCCAUUGUUUAACGCCAUGUUGAACUAUCGCCAUAAUUUGAAGUCGGAGCAAAGCACUGAGUCACUCUCUGGAGUCGAUGUAAUAGAUGUUGAGGAGCGAACAAAUUACCCAUUGGUAAUGUCGGUUGAAGAUGAUGGUGAUUCGCUGGGACUGACACCACAAGUAAGUUCACCAUUGUCAGCAGCUCGAAUUGGUGCAUAUAUGCAACAAGCUCUGGAAUCUAUAGCCGAUGCGCUAACGAACAUGCCUGAACAACCGCUAAGAACAUUAACAGUCAUUCCACCGGAAGAGCGCAUGUUGCUACUGCACACCUGGAAUGAAACCACGGCUACCUAUCCAUCCGAACACUGCCUUCACCAAUUAUUUGAGGCGCAGGUGGAACGCGAAGGGCAGGCGAUUGCUGUGGAGUAUAAGGGAGAGACCAUGAGCUACAUGGAACUCAACGCUCAAGCAAAUCAAUUGGCACAUUACCUGAUCGCACGAGGUGUCAAACCAGAUGAUCUUAUUGCACUUUGCGUUGAGCGCAGUAUAACAAUGAUUGUAGCGAUGUUGGGAAUUCUUAAAGCAGGUGGCGCUUAUGUACCACUCGAUCCGGUCUAUCCGAGCCAACGACUAACUAAUAUUCUACAAGAUGCCGACCCGAAAUUCUUGUUAGUAGAUGCUACUGGUCGGAAAGUACUCGGAGAUCAUCAAGUGCCAGUUAUAAAAUUAGACGAACCAUUGCCUGAUGAUUUACGUAAUGAUAAUCCAGACGUAAUCAAGCUUGGACUCAACUCAACCAAUUUGGCUUAUGUAAUUUACACCUCUGGCUCAACUGGAACACCAAAAGGAGUUAUGGUUGAACAUCACCAAGUAGCACUAUUACUUCAGUCUGGACAUGACAAAUUUGAUUUUAAUACUCAGGAUAAGUGGUGUUUGUUCCAUUCGAUCUCUUUCGACUUUUCUGUUUUUGAGACAUGGGGAGCAUUGUGCUAUGGAAGCCAACUGUCGAUAUUACCAUACGAAACCGCCCGUUCUACGGACGAAUUCUAUGAUUGGAUAUGUGCUAGCAGUAUUACUGUGCUGAAUCAAACGCCAUUGGCAUUGAAAAUGCUGAUGCGAGUGAAAAAUAUCAGUCCGCGAUCCGAUAAACUACGAUAUGUUUUCUUCGGUGGUGAAGCAUCAGACUCAUCAAUUAUAAGCGACUGGAAUGAAAAUAGUAUUAAUAGUAAAGCUGUACUAGCCAAUGUGUAUGGCCCAACCGAAACUGUUGUUUUUGCAUCAAGUUGGGUUUGCGAUAACACAAUUUCUGAAAACUCACUCUUACCAAUCGGUCGUCCACUAGCCAACAAAAGAAUUUACCUCUUGGAUGCAGAUGGCGAGCCAGUGCCACUAGGAGCCGAGGGAGAAAUGUAUAUUGGUGGUACUGGUCUUGCACGUGGCUACCUUAACCGUCCUGACCUAACUGCUGAACGUUUUCUGCCCGAUCCAUUCAGUGAUAAUCCAACAGCACGCAUGUAUCGUACCGGCGAUCGAGCAAGUUAUCUGCCAGAUGGAAAUUUGGUCUUUUUGGGACGCACAGAUCAGCAAGUGAAAAUCCGUGGAUUCCGAAUUGAGCUCGGUGAAAUUGAAGCCCAACUAAUCGAACAUCCUCAAGUGCGCGAAGCGGUUGUACAAAUCUAUGGCAAUGGAUCAGAUGCCCGACUGGUAGCUUAUGUUGUGGCAGACAUAGAUACAUCAUUAGCUCAAGAUUUGCGCACGUAUCUUUCGACCUCACUGCCUGACUACAUGGUACCAGCAGCUUAUGUGUGUCUACCAUCUUUACCGCUCACACAAAAUGGCAAAUUAGAUCGGCGAGUUCUACCGACUCCGGAUGAAGACGCGUUUACUCAUCAGCACUAUGAAGCUCCACAAGGAGAAAUGGAAGAAAAGCUAGCCAAUAUAUGGCGUGAAUUGCUGAACGUUAAACGUAUUAGCCGACAUGACAAUUUCUUUGCUCUGGGAGGACAUUCCUUAUUCGUUGUUCAGUUGUUGGCACAGCUAAGACGUAUCGGUCUGGAUACCACUGUACGAGAAGUAUUUGAUGCUCCCACCCUGGCCAAGCUAGCUUUGACUCUUACUCAUUACCAAGCAAUGUCUAUUCCACCGAACCAGAUUAGCACAGACAGCACUGCUAUUACUCCAGAAAUGUUACCGCUAAUCACUCUGUCUCAGUCAGAGAUUAAUGCAAUUGUUGCACAGAUACCUGGUGGAGUAGCGAAUAUUCAAGAUAUUUAUGGAUUGGCGCCUUUGCAGUACGGUAUGCUGUUUCAUCAUUUGAAAGCUGAACGUGGUGACCCAUACUUGGUAGUGAGGCAACUAAGUUUUAUUGACCGUACAACUCUUGAACGGUAUGCAAACGUCCUUCAACAGGUGAUUGAGAGACACGAUAUUUUACGCACAGUCUUCUUUUGUGAAGGGCUCAAUGAACCGGCACAAGUUGUUCUGCGCCGGGUUCCGUCAUUACUCAACGAGAUAAUGUCAUCUGAUGGUACUGGUGAACAAAUACUAAAGCAGUUCAGCCAACAAUUCAAUCCGCGUCAUUAUCGGCUAGACUUGACACAGGCACCGCUAUUGCGUUUAAUAGCUGCGCCAACGUCUGAAGGAAAUUGGGUGGCAUUGGAACUGAUGCAUCACAUAAUUGGUGACAAUCCUACACUAGAGCGACUGCAGACAGAAAUUCAAGCAAUAUAUGACGGUCAGAUUGAGAAUCUGACAGCUCCCACACCAUUCCGCCAAGUAGUGGCUAAAGUUCGCUUUGGAGUUAGACCAGCUGAGCAUACCCGUUUCUUCAGUGAUAUGCUUCACGAUAUUGACGAAUCAACUUUGCCGUUUGGUUUGAGACACGAUGAGUGGAAUGGAAGCGAUAUUGACGAAGCGCAGCUGACAUUACCGCAGACGCUCACUGAUGAAUUGCGGGCGUAUGCACGAAAGCUUAGGGUCAGUUUGUCUAGUUUGUGUCAUCUUGCCUGGGCACAAGUACUUGCUCGAGCUAGCGGACGUGAAGCAAUAGUAUUUGGUACUGUGUUACUAGGACGUUUACAAGCCGGAGAAGGAAACGACACUGCAAUGGGGCCGAUGAUAAACACUUUACCUUUGCGAAUAGAUAUUGAUGAGAUGAGUGUCGAGACCGCAGUGCGACAAGCACAUGCUCGAUUGAGUGCAUUGCUAACGCACGAAUACGCGCCGCUUGUCUUGGCACAACAAUGUAGUGGAAUUCCCGCUGGUAUACCGUUAUUUAGUGCACUGCUUAACUAUCGCCAUAAUCAACAAAGCAAACAAGUCAAUGAUUCUUUUCCUGGAGUCACUUUCUUAGGUGGUGAAGGCCAAACCAAUUACCCGUUAACCAUAUCCCUAGAUGAUAACGACAAUACUUUGAGCCUGUCAGUUCAAGUGGUAUCAUCGCUAUCAGCAGCUCGGAUCGGUGCUUAUAUGCAACAGGCUCUGGAAUCGCUAACUGAUGCAUUAACUCAUACACCACAGCAACCAGUUCGGACAUUAACA